AAAUCAGGAGGGUGGGAUGUGAAAUGGGAGCUGACUGUGUUUCAGCUCUGCUGGUGGGUUGUUUUCUGCUUGUUUGGGCUUUUUUAAGUGGAUUUGCUGAGCAUGUUUCCUUUCUGAUUUGCAUGGCUAAUAUCCUUGUCCUGCUUUUCAUGCAGCAAUUCCUAUUUUUCCUUUAUGGCCACCUGCAAGGUGACUGAGUAAUUCUGGAGUGAAGCUUCAGCGCAAGGUGAUGAAGGAGUGCAGGUUGUGGGGGUUCAGAUCUCCUGGACACAUUCUCUGGUCCUCUCUCCCCAUCUCCAUUGGGUGCUGAAUCCAUCCCUGCCUGGAGGAAGGCAAAAGCUCUGGUGCAGCCCUUGUCCUGCUGGGGCCAUGGCUGGGCAGGAAGGUCUGGAGAGCCAGGUGACAAGUGUCUGCAGGAGAGCAGUGUGUGGAGAAGGAAGGGCUGGGAGGAGCCCCGGGUAACAAAUACAGGAAAUGAGUUCAGCACAACCACAAGUUCUCCAUUGUCUGGGCCCCAUCUCCUGUGCAGCCCUGGAGUGAACAAACACCACUGGCUUUGCAGGAUGACGUUAAUUUGGAGUUAAAACUCCAACCCUCUGCUGCUGGUACUGAAAAGUGGAGCUCCGUGGAGGAGUUGCCACGAGCAGGAGAUGGGGGUGUGUGGGUGGUGCUCAGCUCUUCCAAGGAAAAGGGCUCACGAGGGGAGAAUGAGCCACUGGAGAAAUUCCCUAGCGGAAAAUAGGCACAUUUUCUGCUGGUGCCAGAAGCUCCGAGAGGUUUUUAACCUGGAUUACCCUCACAGCACCUUCCUGCUGAAGACCCUGACCAUUGUGUCUGGCCCUGAUAUGGUUGACCUCACUUUCCAUAACUUUGUGUCCUACAAGGAGAAUGUUGGCAAGAGCUGGGCUGACGACAUCCUGGCCAUCGUCCGCAACCCCCUCACCUACAACGCCUCCCGCUACACCUUCCUGGAGAAAAUCCUGGUGAAGCUGAAGAUGCAGCUGAAUGCAGAGGGGAAGAUUCCUGUCAGGAAUAUUUUUCAGAUGUUCCCAGCAGACAGGAAGAGGGUGGAAGCAGCGCUAAGUGCUUGUCACCUCCCAAAGGGCAAGAAUGAUGCCAUCAACCCAGAGGACUUCCCAGAGCCCGUGUACAAGACUUUCCUGAUGAAUCUGUGUCCCCGGCCCGAGAUCGAUGAGAUAUUCACCUCACACCAUCUAAAAGCAAAGCCCUACAUGACCAAAGAGCACCUGGCCAAGUUUAUCAACAAGAAGCAGCGAGACUCCCGCCUCAAUGACAGCCUGUUCCCUCCAGCCAGACCCGAGCAGGUGCAGAGCCUCAUCGAGAAGUACGAGCCCAGCGGGAUCAACAUCCAGAGAGGGCAGCUCUCUCCAGAGGGGAUGGUCUGGUUCCUCUGCGGCCCCGAGAAUAACGUGGUCGCUCUGGACAAGCUGCUGCUGUACCAGGACAUGACCCAGCCCCUCUCACACUACUUCAUCAAUUCCUCACACAACACCUAUCUCACAGCUGGGCAGUUCUCCGGGAUCUCCUCUCCCGAGAUGUACCGGCAGGCGCUCCUGGCCGGCUGCCGCUGCGUGGAGCUGGACUGCUGGAAGGGCCGGCCCCCGGAUGAGGAACCCAUCAUCACCCACGGCUUCACCAUGACCACAGAGAUCCUCUUCAAGGAUGCCAUCGAGGCCAUUGCAGAGAGUGCUUUUAAAACGUCUCUGUACCCCGUGAUCCUGUCCUUCGAGAACCACGUGGACUCGCCCAAGCAGCAGGCGAAGAUGGCCGAGUACUGCAGGACCAUUUUUGGAGACAUGCUGCUGACAGAGCCUCUGGAGAAACACCCGCUGAAGCCAGGAGUUCCUCUGCCGAGUCCUAAGGACCUCUUAGGGAAAAUCUUGAUUAAGAAUAAAAAGAACCAAUCUGUAUGUGGGAAGAGGCAGAACUCUUUGAAGAAAGGGAAGAAUGUGGAACCAGAAAUCAUCGAGCAGCCGACCCCUGUGGAUGCUGAAGACUCUGUCUGGGCAGGUGAUGUGGCUGAAGAGGAGCCAGAGGAGGAGGAUGAACAGCUCGGAAACCUGGAUGAAGAGGAAAUUAAAAAGAUGCAGUCAGAUGAGGGCACGGCCGGCCUGGAGGUGACGGCGUACGAGGAGAUGUCCAGCCUGGUGAACUACAUCCAGCCCAUCAAAUUCGACUCCUUCGAGGUCUCUGCCCAGAAGAACCGCAGUUAUGUCAUCUCUUCCUUCACGGAGCUGAAGGCCUACGACCUCCUGAGCAAGUUCCCUGUGCAGUUUGUAGAAUACAACAAGCGGCAGAUGAGCCGGAUUUACCCCAAAGGCACCCGGAUGGACUCGUCCAACUACCUGCCCCAGAUGUUCUGGAAUGUCGGCUGCCAGAUGGUGGCACUCAACUUCCAGACCAUGGACGUGCCCAUGCAGCAGAACAUGGCCCUGUUCGAGUUCAACGGGCAGUGUGGGUACCUGCUCAAGCACGAGUUCCUGCGCCGCCCCGACAAGCACUUCGACCCCUUCUCCCUGGACCGCAUGGAUGUGGUGGUGGCCAGCACCCUGUCAGUCACGAUACUCUCUGGUCAGUUCCUCUCGGAGCGCAGCGUCAGGACCUACGUGGAAGUGGAGCUCUUUGGGUUGCCAAGGGACACCAAACGCAAAUACAGAACCAAACUGACCUCCACGGCCAACUCCAUUAACCCCGUGUGGAAGGAGGAGGCUUUUGUUUUUGAAAAGAUCAUGAUGCCUGAGUUGGCCUCUCUGAAAAUUGUGGCUUGGGAAGAAGGAGGGAAGUUCAUUGGCCAUCGUAUCAUUCCCGUCAUCGCAAUGCACUCAGGGUACCACCACGUGUGCCUGCGCAGCGAGAGCAACAUGCCCCUCACCAUGCCCUCCCUCUUCGUGUUCCUGGAGGUCAAGGACUACGUGCCGGACGCUUGGGCAGAUCUCACCAUUGCCCUCUCCAACCCCAUCAAGUUCUUCAACAUGCAGGACAAGCGCUCCGUGAAGCUCAAGGAUGCUGCAGGGGAGAGGCCUGGCACACAGAGGAACGUCCCAUCUGCUGAGACUAAUGGGGUGCCAGACUCUGCCGGGAAACACAGCAUUCCUCCCUCCAACGGCUCCACAGGAGCAGCGGCGUUUGCCAGGAAUGAAACCGUGUUAGAAGUGAUGCAGAUGGCAGAGCCUGAGACAGCCACCCUGGCUGAGCUGCAGCAGAUGAAGCGCUUCCUGAAGCUGCUGAAGAGGCAGGAGAAGGAGCUGAGGGAGCUGGAGCAGAAGGGAAGCAAACGGAAGGAGGAGCUGCUGCAGAAAUACUCUGUGCUCUUCUCAGAGUCCAUCUGCCACGAGGGCAAGAAAAGCAUGAUCCACAUGAGGAAAACCCAAAAGAAAAGGAGUGUGACCCAGGGUACCGUUGGUACCUGUGCAAAUCCCAUGGAAGUGGCAGAGAGUGUGGAUCGCCGGCUCCUGGAGCUGAGGGAGAGGCUAGAGCUGGACCUCGUGCACCUCGGGCAGGAGCACCAUGAGAGCAUCCGGAGGAAGAAGGAGCAGCACGCCACAGAGCAAGUUGCCAGGAUCCUGGAGCUGGCCAGGGAAAAGCAGGGAGCCGAGCUGCGGGCGCUGCGGGACACGGCGGAGAGCAACGUCAAGGACAUCAAGAAGCGGCUGGAGGCGAGGAGGGUGGAGCGGAUCCAUGCCCUGCUGAGGAACACCAGCGACAAGGCUGCUCAGGAGAGGUCCAAGAAGGAAAUCAACAACUCCCACAUCCAGGAGGUGGUGCAGACCAUCAAACGGGUGACCGAGAGGACGCGCCGGCUCCAGCAGAAACUGGAGGAGAAGCAGGCGGAGCGCCUGAGAUCCAUCAGGGAGACGGAAAGCCAGCUCCAGCAGCAGGCACUGGAGGAGUACGAGGAGAAGGUGAGAGCUCUGAACAUGGAGGUGCAGGAGAUGGUGAAGAACUACACCAAAGCCGGCUUUCCUGCAGAGCCACGGACUGGGCAAGCAGGUCAGAGCGUUCCUGAGGGAGAACGAGGCUCUCCAGACCAACUGGAAACAAAUGUCCCAGUGGCGGAGGUGUCCGGGCUUACACUGGCCAUGCCUGAGCUCCCGGGAGCUGGAACGGAUGUGGAGAUUGAAGAGAGUGUGUUCUGAGACAAGUCCCUUCCUUACUGUUCAUUGCAGGAAGAGCUGUGGAAGUAAAUGGUGAAGUUAAAUACCAGCUUCCUAAAGUACUGCUAUCCCUCCCUUUCCACUCAGGGAGCUCCUGAAAUCCUUCAGCAAAGCACUUACUUUGUUAUCCCAGGUAUUUGGAAGUUGUCUGGAGAGCUCACCCUCCAGAGCGCUCCCCUCCCUGUGUCCCCCAGCCUGAGCUCUGAGCUAUGUCAGCAGUGGGAUAGGGCCUGUGCCUGCAGACCGGCUCCAGGUUGGCAUCACAGCAGCAGCUCCAGGAAUAUUUCCUUGGCAUUCACAUCAGGUUUCACAGUUUAGUGGGGAUGGGGGUGGGAACUGGGCUCAGUCACACACACCCACAGCAGAGGGGGUGCUGCAGGAGCACGGUUACACCUGAUGUUGCAAUAACGGACAUGAAAAGUGCUGCUAUGAAAACAAACAAAGCCGAGCUCAAGCAGGUCUGAGACAGGAUGUUCCAAGCCUGGCCUGACAUCCUACAAGAGCCCUCAGCUGCCUGCAGUGUUACCAGAGCACUGGAGGGAUGGACUGGACAUUUCUGACUUAUUUAUUUUCUAAAACAAUAAACCUCUGCAUUUCCUAACAAA